GGGAUGGGACGGGAUGGGAGCGGGCGAGGGGACGUCCGAGCCUGCCGAGGGCUUUAAAUGCCGGCCGGGGCGGGCUCCGCCAGCACAGCCGCUCCGCCUCGCCGCUCGGUCGCCGGCCCGGAGCCGCCAGCGGGUGGGCAGGCAGGCGGGUAUAUAGGCAGAGGGAUCGGGUAUAGCUGCUGUAGGCGGGGGUGCGCGGCCAUGCCCCGCUGAAGCCCCCCCACCCCCGCCGCUCCCCGCCCGCCCCGCGGCUGCCCCGCAGCCCCCCGCCCGCCGCCGCGCUGGAGCCGGAGCGCCGCAAACCCGAGCCCCGGAGGAUGGAGGACGAGGCAGUACUGGAUAGAGGGGCUUCCUUCCUUAAACAUGUAUGUGACGAAGAAGAAGUGGAAGGUCAUCACACUAUUUACAUUGGGGUCCACGUGCCGAAGAGCUACAGGAGAAGGAGGCGUCAUAGAAGAAGACCCGGGCACAAAGAAAAGAAAGAAAAGGAGAAAAUCUCUGAGAACUACUCCGACAAAUCCGACGUAGAGAACGCUGAUGAGACAAGCAGCAGCAUCCUUAAGCCGCUCAUCUCCCCCGCUGCCGAACGCAUCCGCUUCAUCCUCGGAGAGGAAGAUGACAGCCCGGCGCCCCCGCAGCUCUUCACCGAGCUGGAUGAACUUCUGGCCGUCGACGGACAAGAGAUGGAAUGGAAGGAGACUGCAAGGUGGAUCAAGUUUGAGGAGAAGGUAGAACAAGGUGGGGAGCGAUGGAGCAAACCUCACGUGGCCACCUUGUCCCUGCACAGCUUGUUUGAGCUGAGGACGUGUAUAGAGAAAGGCUCCAUAAUGCUGGAUAUGGAGGCCUCUUCUCUCCCGCAGGUGGUGGAAAUGAUCGUUGACAAUCAGAUCGAGACGGGCCUUUUGAAAGCGGAACUGAAGGACAAAGUCACCUACACGCUGCUCAGGAAGCACCGGCACCAGACCAAGAAGUCCAACCUGCGCUCCCUGGCUGACAUUGGAAAGACCGUCUCCAGUGCAAGUAGGAUGUUUUCCAACCCCGAUAAUGCACGCAGCCCGCUCGAGAGCUCCGUGCCCUGCCUGGCCACCCGCACCCUGGAUGAUGAGAUGGGAGUGCAGCGCAGCCCCAGCGUGGGAUGGCUCAGCAGCCCAGCCAUGACUCACAGAAACCUGACUUCCACCAGUCUGAACGACAUCUCUGACAAGCCCGAGAAAGAUCAGCUGAAGAAUAAAUUCAUGAAGAAGUUGCCUCGUGAUGCUGAGGCCUCCAAUGUGCUGGUGGGGGAGGUCGACUUCUUGGAGAGUCCUUUCAUUGCCUUCGUCCGGCUGCAGCAGGCGGUCAUGUUGGGUGCUCUGACUGAAGUCCCCGUACCUACCCGAUUUCUCUUCAUUCUACUGGGACCGAAGGGCAAAGCAAAGUCCUACCAUGAGAUCGGCCGAGCCAUCGCCACUCUGAUGUCGGAUGAGGUGUUCCACGACAUUGCCUAUAAAGCCAAGGACCGGCAGGACCUGAUCGCUGGCAUCGAUGAGUUUCUGGAUGAAGUCAUCGUGCUCCCCCCAGGGGAAUGGGAUCCGGCCAUCAGGAUAGAGCCCCCCAAGUCUCUUCCUUCUUCAGAUAAAAGAAAAAACAUGUACUCUGGUGGAGAGAACCUGCAGAUGAAUGGAGACACGCCUCAUGAUGGAGGACACGGCGGUGGGGGCCACGGGGACUGUGAAGAGCUUCAACGAACUGGCAGAUUCUGUGGUGGCUUAAUCAAAGACAUAAAGAGGAAAGCGCCGUUCUUCGCCAGUGACUUCUACGACGCUUUAAAUAUUCAAGCCCUUUCAGCCAUUCUUUUCAUCUACCUGGCCACAGUGACCAACGCUAUCACUUUCGGAGGAUUGCUUGGCGACGCUACGGAGAACAUGCAGGGCGUGCUGGAGAGCUUUCUGGGCACAGCAGUCACCGGUGCGAUAUUUUGCCUUUUUGCUGGUCAGCCUCUCACCAUUUUGAGCAGCACAGGACCCGUCCUUGUCUUUGAACGGCUCCUCUUCAAUUUCAGCAAAGACAACGAUUUUGACUACCUGGAGUUUCGUCUCUGGAUCGGCCUUUGGUCAGCCUUCCAGUGUCUCAUUCUCGUCGCUACCGACGCCAGCUUCCUCGUCAAGUACUUCACCCGCUUCACCGAAGAAGGUUUUUCCUCCCUGAUCAGCUUCAUCUUCAUUUACGAUGCUUUCAAGAAGAUGAUUAAGCUGGCAGAUCAUUACCCAAUCAACUCGGAGUUCAAGGUGGACUAUAUCACGCAUUACUCUUGUGCCUGUGAACCAUUAGAUCCAGUUAAUAGCUCGUUGUUUAACGGGACAAUGGUGCCGUCAGCCGAUGAGCCCUUCUAUUCCUCUGCGGAGGCGUACAACACCACCAUUGACUGGUCAUCUCUGACAACAAAGGAGUGCUUGAAAUACGGAGGACGACUUGUGGGCAACAACUGUGGCUACGUCCCUGACAUCACCCUCAUGUCUUUCAUCCUCUUCUUUGGCACUUACACCUGCUCCAUGGCCCUGAAGAAAUUCAAGACCAGUCGCUACUUUCCAACCACUGCCCGGAAGCUCAUCAGUGACUUUGCCAUUAUCCUGUCCAUUUUGAUUUUCUGUGGAAUAGAUGCCCUGGUAGGUGUGGACACACCAAAACUAAUUGUGCCAAGUGAAUUCAAGCCAACCAGUCCCGAGAGGGGUUGGUUUAUCCCACCUUUUGGAGGGAACCCGUGGUGGGUGUACCUGGCAGCAGCGAUCCCUGCACUGCUGGUGACUAUCCUCAUCUUCAUGGACCAGCAAAUCACAGCGGUCAUCGUCAACAGGAAGGAGCACAAGCUCAAGAAAGGUGCUGGAUACCAUCUGGAUUUGUUCUGGGUGGCCAUUCUGAUGAUCAUAUGCUCCUUCAUGGGUCUGCCCUGGUAUGUUGCUGCUACCGUGAUCUCCAUAGCUCACAUCGACAGCUUGAAGAUGGAGACGGAAACUUCGGCCCCUGGAGAACAGCCCAAGUUUUUGGGAGUGAGGGAGCAGAGAGUCACCGGGGUCAUCGUUUUCAUCCUGACCGGCGUGUCUGUCUUCAUGGCGCCCAUCCUGAAGUUCAUUCCCAUGCCUGUGCUCUAUGGCGUCUUCCUCUACAUGGGCGUCGCUUCCCUCAACGGCGUGCAGUUCAUGGAUCGUUUGAAGCUGCUCUUGAUGCCUCUAAAACACCAGCCCGACUUCAUCUACCUGCGCCACGUCCCGCUGCGCAGGGUCCAUCUGUUCACCUUCCUGCAGGUGGUGUGCCUGGCCCUCCUCUGGAUCCUCAAGUCGACCGUGGCUGCUAUCAUAUUCCCUGUCAUGAUCCUGGCGCUCGUAGCAGUCAGAAAAGCCAUGGACUACCUCUUCUCCCAGCAUGACUUAAGCUUUCUUGACGACGUCAUUCCAGAAAAGGACAAGAAAAAGAAAGAGGAUGAGAAGAAGAAGAAAAAGAAGAAGGGCAGUAUGGACAGUGACAAUGACGAUUCUGACUGCCCCUACUCAGAAAAAGUCCCAAGUAUUAAAAUACCAAUGGACAUCAUGGAGCAGGAACCUUUCCUAAGUGAUAGCAAACCUGCCGACAGAGAAAAAUCACCAACAUUCCUUGAACGCCAUACGUCGUGCUGAUACAAUUCCUUUCCUUCGGUCACACACCAUGCCAAGCCCUCCACGAACUCCAGUAAAAGUUGUGCCUCAAAUUAGAAUAGAACUUGAGCCUGAAGACAAUGGUUAUUUCUGGAGGAGCAAGGGAACAGAAACUACUUUGUAAUUUGUCUGUCUGUUAAAUCUUUUACGGAAUUUAUUUUGCCACUAGCCAAAUAUUAAACGCCGCUCUCCCCGCCUGCGUAGGUAAAAAAAAAAAAAAGAAAAAAAAAAGACAUCCUUGCCCCUGCAGAUCUCGCCUCCUCUCGCCCCGUUUCCCCACGCCGACCAAGACUCGUUUUGCCUUCUCUGUCGCUCCGACACGCAAGCGUCUCCCGGCCGCAAGCAGAGGCCAGAAGCGUUAAGGAUUCCCUGUCGUCCUACCGGCGGUUGAUGGCCCGGGGGUGCUGGGGCGACUUGAGUCUCGUUGAACCGGUUGUUUGUCCGAUUGUCCCUUUGUCGUCUGGCAGAACAAAAAAAAAAAAAAGGACCUCCAGGCUAAGCCGACGUCUCGCUCGCGCUGCUCGAAGAUGCUGGAAAGUGCUGCUAACACGAACUCGCUCGUACAGCCUCGUGCUCGUCGUUAACGCGGGAAGGGGAAGGAAAAGGUACUUCGCUCCCAGCACAGACAAACCAUUGCCAUCGUUGUAGCAUGCGUUCUGAAAUGUCCCUUUCCUAUGCAAUUUUUUUUUUUUUUUUUUUUUUUUUAAAGAAACACUUUAAUGGACUUAAUCCGUCAGGUACAUUGAAGAGUGUUAUUUUCCUAGAUUAUUUUGUUUAAAUUAUGGGGGCCUAACCUACGACUUUUUUUUUUUUUUUUUGUCAAUUUUUUUAACCUUUUUUUAAUUACUGUAAAGAAAAAUGAAUUUUUUUCCUGCAGCAGGAAACGUAUAGUUAUGAGUAGUUCUACCUCUUAUUUCUAGAUGCCAGGCUUUCUGUAAAAAAAAAAAAAAAAAAAAAUGUAUUGUACCAUAUAUAAUGUGAUUUUUACAAAAAAAAAAAACCACAAAAAAACACCACAACAAAACCACAAUGCCACACCACAAUCUCCAGGAUACGGCAUAGGGCUGGAUCAGUUUGAUUAACACCUUCUACUUUGAAGCAUCUGUUUUACUUAGGGUUGUGUGAUUUUCUUUUUUUUUUUUCUUUUUUUUUUUUUUUUUUAAAUAAAUAAUCUAACUUCGCUAUGAAGGAGACGGGAUGUAACUUAAAUCUCUUGUAAUUUAGGCAGAGUCUUAAAUGUAAGGGUGGUAAGCGAAAUGCUGACCGGCGACCGGCGUCGGUGGACAGAUGCUGAUUGUACUCGCGUUGUUGACUUCCUACGCGGUAUCGUUCCAAUUCUUUCUUUUGAAACCCCGGUGUGUGCGCGUGGGUGGACGUGCGUCCACCAGAAGACCCCGGGUGGACUUCGGGCACGAUGGCGGUGCAAUGGAGGAGAAGGACAGCUGAAGAUGGCCCACUGGGAUGCUCAUCCCGACGCUCGUACUGGCCAGGCUCACCAACACCUGCGUCCUCUAGCUUCCCACAUCACUUUGCCAUCAUCUACAGAAUUUACCCGAAAUUUUGACGGCUCGGCCCUAGACUCGUCCACCCGUACGCGGCGAUGCAUCAGCACCAAGCAGGCUGGCCGUGGGCACAACCAGGUUUUUGGUUUUAAACCAAGCAAGCAAAUACCACCUUGGGAGAGGUGAUUGUACUCUCUGGAGCGCAUCUGUGAAUGUACUUGUGUGUGCGUGGAAAUGCGCAUUUGGGAAACUGGGCUUCACCAAGACCUUUUUUUGAUGAAACGUGAGGACUACAUAUAACACACUAGAAGCUUCAUGGAAGAAAAAAAAAAAAAAAGAAAAAGGAAGGAAAAAAAAAAAAGAAAAAGGAAGAAAAAAAAAAAAAGAAAAAGGAAGAAAAAAAAAAAAAGCCGGGGGGGGGGGCAGGGGAGAAAAAAAAAGCCCAGCUGUAAAGGCCAAUUCCCCAGUGGAAAAAAAUCCCACCGCAGAGGACAGGCGAAACCAAAGUCUGUGUUGGUUAAGUAAACAGAAUUUUAUGACGGUGCUGAGACCUUAUAUGCCAAAUUUUAGCGUCUGCUCGCUCGUAGUAGCCAUAUCAGCAAGGGGAUUUGCAGAAUAGGGCUACUCUUUUCUUUCCCAGAUGUGCUGUAGAAGCAGCUGGCCACCUUGCUUUCACGGAGGUUGAAGGAUGAGUUGUUGAGGACCGUGAGAGCUUGAGCUGGACCUGCUGCAAGCGGUCGUUGCUGCGGAAAGAGGAUGGAGCCGCACGCAGACGUGCACACACCUCCCAACAUUCCUCGAGGGCUCUCAGUUUCGGCUCCCAUGAAAUGUGCGUUGACUCUGAGAUGGACAUCCUGGCAACCCAGCCCAAACCCGCUUAGGAAAGGCUGGGGAGAUGUUGGAAACGGCCGGGAAAGGAGUGUUUCCGUGAUCCCUCCGCUGCCGGGCCCCGCGAGCUGGAGGACAGAAAACCUGGGAAACGCAACGCCAGCUUCAACGAAGGGUUUCCAUCCCUUGGUGAACUCAAGUCCCUGGCUCCCAAAGGGGAGACGGACUCGAGCGUCACCUAUGGAGUACGCGGGAGAUGCUCGUGUUUUGCCCAGACCUUUGCUUUGUAGGAAUCCCAGUUCCGGAGGGAGGAAAGCUCCAACCGGAUGGAGAGAGAGAAGCAGCUUUUCCCGCUCCACGGGCACCCAUGCACACACCGUCCCCGUCUGCUGGCACCUGGUGAUGGGUCUCCCCAAAAAUGAGGUCUUCCACUUUUCGAACCCUGUUAAAAUGUACUUGAAAUGUAUUGACUGCUGAUCUAGAUCUUUCUCUCUCUUUUUUUAUUUUAUUUUUUUUUAUUAUUUUAACCUGAGGGAGCUGUUGUACAGGGGGUAGCGUCGCUGAAGGGGACGGGACAAAGUUUUCUGUAGCUUGCCAUGAAAAACUCACAAUUCCGGCGGCAGGAGCUGGAAGUAUUUCCUUUCCUGGUGCCCGACACUAGCCCACUUUAUUGGUGGUUGUGUCUCUUGUUGGGUUUUCCUACAAAAAAAGAAAACAAAACCCAGCACAGAGAGAAGAGCCAGCUUUGUCCCGGCCCCGGGAACGUGGUGGCCGUCUGCCUCUGUAGCCCACACUUCUUUGUCGUCGUGGCCGAUACAUCUUUGUAUUUUUAUUUUAUUUUAUUUUUUGAAUCAACACGCACUUUCAGAUACUUUUAUUAUUGUUUUUAAUUCUCGUUAAGUCUGUACUUGCUUUGGAGGAAAGACUAAAAACUUAGGAUAAAAUGAAGUGGAUCAAGAUGGUGGAACAAAGAGGAAAAAAAAAGAAGCAGAAAACAUUUCAAUAUAUUAAAAUGAUUUUUUUUCCAGUAAUAUAAAACAUGAAAUUCCUUAUAACAUUAUAGUAUUUUACAGUUUUAUGAAGCUUUCUAUUGUGACUUUUAUGGAAUCAAAAGAUGAAGAUGAUGAGAUAUUUUAGCAUUUAUAUUUUUCAAAA